CGUUCAUCGAGUUAGUCGAGCUCAGACGCCAGUCGUGAGCGGUCGUGAUUUUAGCGACGUUCAACAGAAGAGACGAGUAAAAGGGUGCACACUCUUUCGUCACGUUUCCUUCGGUUCACCGUCGGGAUUUACGUUCAUACCGCGAUCCCUUCAAUCACUCUGUCGUCCGCAACGAUUGGCGGGCGAAGAGGGGACAUCGAGCACAGCUGAUUAUUGGAUUACAGUGAAGUGUGAUCGAUUUCGAUUCACAGUGCUUUCACGUCGAUCGUAAUUUAUUUGACUUGGGGAAGUUCUUCGAGUUCUGUGAUACGGAAAAUAAAUCAUGGUGACCGGAGUGGGUGCCACGAUGCCGACGGGCGGUGUCACCGUCGGCGCUACUCCACCAGCGCAACACGUGCCUCAGGAGGCUGGUCAGCCUCCUGCGCAAACUACCCCUACGGCCACAACGACUACGAGAAGAUCAGGAGAAAAUCGACGGAGUAAUAAACCCAUCAUGGAAAAAAGACGUCGAGCCCGUAUUAACAAUAGCUUGAAUGAUUUGAAAACUCUCGUUUUGGAAUCUAUGAAAAAAGACCCGUCAAGGCACUCGAAGCUCGAAAAGGCUGACAUUUUGGAACUGACCGUGAAGCAUUUGGAAGCCCUACAACGACAGCAAGUCGCUAUGGCUGCUGCAGCAGAUCCAAACAUCCUCAACAAAUUCCGCGCCGGUUAUACGGAGUGCGCCAGCGAGGUUGGCAAAUUUCCCGGUUUAGACACUUCGGUGAAGAGACGUCUGAUGGCCCAUUUGGCCUCAUGCCUGGGUCCAAUCGAUGCCAACAACACCAACAGCCAAACGACAACGACGACUCAACAGGCUGUCCAACCAGCGCCGCCGACGACGCAAUUGCAAGUGCAUAUUCUGCCUCAACUUGACACACCACGUAUUCAAGUCCAGCAAUCAAAUGGCAUUUUCUUUACUAAUGCCAAUGGUACCGCCUUGCAUCUAUUACCGACCAGAUUACCAAAUGGUGACAUCGCUUUGGUACUUCCGGCGGGCGCAAAGGCGCCAAUCACGUCGUCACCGUCGUCGUCUCCGGCGCCAAGCUCGCCGUUACCACAUCUGAUCCCGAUUCCUCAGAGGACCGCGAGCACCGCAUCCGCAUCGUCGACGAGUUCGUCCAACAGCUCGACAUCCUCGUCAGCAGGAAGUCCGGUGGCGUUCGAGGCACCUCCGACGUCAUUCCGCGAGCAAUCCACCACGUACAGCCCAACCAACAGCCACAGGGAUGUCGCCACGUCUCCGGCGAACGGCUAUACCAGUGAACCAGAGCUCGACCCACAUUCCUAUAGCAGCCCACCUCUCCAGAAACCUCUCGCGCUGGUGAUGAGGAAGAGCGUGGUACCUCAGAUCGAAGACAAGCCAUGGAGACCAUGGUAAAAUAAAAAAGGAAGAAAAAGGUAUGGACACUAUAUGUGCGUGAUUGAAGUGAUAUAAACUGAUAUACAUGUCGAUGGUAAGCCGCGGCCGAUCGACCGCGGGCGAAAACGCGCCAAUUCGACGUGCCGAUUUAUGCGCCGCGUAAAGAAUUUCGCGGAACGGAAACAUGUUCCUCAAUUAUGUAGAUCAUUGUAGAUAAAACGGUCCCGUUCGUAGCUGGACAUCACCGUGAAAUUAGAGGAUCGUUAAAAGACGCGAGUUUAUUCUUUCAAGUGCGCGUGCACAGUCGGCCAGUAGCCAAUGAGGCUUUGCCUUAUUAAAUAGUGCCUUGUAAAUAUAUCGUUAAAUUCAACUGGAAACGAGCACAGAUGAUUUCUCCAAAAUAUCCUGAAAUAUCGCGUCAAUCCUUUUUGUCUUAUCCCAUCGUCCUAUCCUUUUCCUUUUUCAUCGAACCUCCCUGUACAUAAAUUACAUGAAUACUAUAUUUUAAGUGCCUUACGCAACAAGAAUCACCGAAGUCUUCCAUUCUGUUUCUUGUACAUAAAACGCUAAGCGAUUUGUAGAAUAUCAUUGUAAGUACGAAGAAUGUUUUUAAUCGAUACAAUUUUAGACGUAAGAUUAUGUUAAGGAUACGAGCGCGAGUAAGAGUGUGUAUGAGAAAAAUUGUAUAUAUGAAUGAUUACUAUCGCGAAAGAGAAAACGUUAUUUAUAUUUAUACGAAUGCAAAUGAGGUUACAUUUAUAAUUCCUCUCUAUUAUGAGAAUAGACAACCGACGCUUAUCACUG